UAAAUGACAGAGGCAACGGUACCAGACAGGGCGCUGGAGAGCGGUCCCGUUUGCAACACCCAAGGUGCAACCAGGUCAAACGCUGCAGCCAUGUUGACCGAUGUACCAAGUCAAGACACCACGUCUAGGCUGACACUGACUCCAGCUCGCAGAGAGACGAAAGGCCACAGCGCCCCUGCUCACAGGCACAAGGCCUCGCUAUGAUGGCCUAAUCAACUGCCAAUAAUUACAAUCAUUUCAUACUAUGCAUGCUGUAUAGCAGUCUCCGGGCGAACCUUUCAGAAACCGGCGGGCCCGAAGGCCGGCACCAGAGGCGCCAUCGGCCGGGCGCGAUGUGCAGACCAAUACAAGUCAUUAUGAAUUACAUCUAGUAUUAUAUGGCACAGUCGCGCACUCGCGCUGCGCGCGGACAGUUCGGCUGCUUAGAACUGUCUUGAACAACUGUUCCCGCGAACAUGUGUCGAUGCGGCCUGCAGGUUUGGCGCUGAGACCACUGACUAUUGCGACUUGCAUAUUGGGACAAUCAACUGCCGGUUCUCACCACGGGCGCAAGCGCCCGCCAGCCCCGGUACCCCCAGUACCGGAAGCCGGGACAGCCCAUCUCGCCGCAACGGCGCGCCUUACAUAACCCCUGUUGUGGCCGACGAGACCUGAUAUGUUUGCGACUUCUUAUACAUAGCUGCACACCCUUGCGCCUCGUCUUUCGUCAGCGUCAAUCAGGCUCUCCCCAGCACAACAACAUCGUGCGACUUGACUUCCGCUCGGCUUUGCAAUGCGUUUCGUCGCCCUCGUGGCCGCAGCCUUAUUGCUGCAGGCAGCCUUUCCUACAAGUGCCGCUAAGGAAGCAGAUGGAUCCUGGGGAGGGCUUCCCGAACGACUUCUUGACUCAGCAAUGGUCAUGCACCACGAGGCCGACAAGCAAUUUGAGGAGGACGCCACACCCUGGGUGCAGCAGGUCGGCCUGCACCCCCGCGCCUACUACUUCCACAACUUUCUCACUAAGGCAGAGCGCGGACACCUGGUCAAGCUCGCAGCGCCCAAGCUGAAGCGCUCCACAGUCGUGGGCAAUGAUGGCGAGGGUGUUGUCGACAACAUCCGCACUAGCUACGGCAUGUUUAUCCGUCGCCUCCAGGACCCCGUCGUCGCCCGCAUUGAGAAGCGUAUCUCGUUGUGGACCCACCUGCCCGUCGAGCAUCAGGAGGACAUUCAGGUGCUGCGCUACGCGCACGGCCAGACCUACGGCGCCCACUAUGACUCUGGCGACAAAUCCAACGAGCCCGGCCCCAAGUGGCGCCUGGCCACCUUCCUCAUGUACCUGUCCGACGUGGAGGAGGGCGGCGAGACUGCUUUCCCGCACAACUCCGUCUGGGCGGACCCGUCAAUCCCCGAGAAGGUUGGCGACAAGUUCUCUGACUGCGCCAAGGGCAACGUCGCUGCCAAGCCCAAGGCCGGCGAUGCCGUGCUUUUCUAUUCCUUCUACCCCAACAUGACCAUGGACCCCGCCGCCAUGCACACCGGCUGCCCGGUGAUCAAGGGCGUGAAGUGGGCUGCGCCCGUGUGGAUGCACGACAUCCCCUUCCGCCCCUCGGAGAUCAGCGGCAUGGUUCAGCGCAUCCCCGACAACGAGCCCGAUGCCGGCACCUGCACGGACCUGCACCCCCGCUGCGUCGAGUGGGCUGCUGCCGGCGAGUGCGAGCACAACAAGGGCUUUAUGAUGGGCGGCCCCGACAACCUGGGCACCUGCCGCAAGACCUGCAAGGCCUGCGAGCAGUGCAGCUCGGGGGACAUGGACUGCAUCAACAGCAACCGCGUGCGCGGCGGCUACUGGAAGUACGACAAGGACGAGCUGGAGUGGCUGGGUGCUGGCAGCCUGUGGAAGGCCGACAUGUCGCCGGAGCUUUAAGCAGGCGGCGGCGGCCGGUUGGCGGCACUUAGCGGCGAUGGGAGGGCAAUGCCAUGGCCCGCAGCACCAGCCUCGCCCUCAUGAUGUGAAGAGGCGCGCGGGCUCUAGCCAUUCUUGUCAUUCUUUUGGGUUGUCGCGAGCGUGUGACACGGGGGUUGGAGGAGCGUUGGAGUGGACCCUGCGCGAGUGGUGUUGAAAGCUUAAUGUGCAGCGGGAUGCACUGGUGCAUGCGAGCUUGCACCGUGCAAGUUUGGGACCUUGUAGUAGGGGAUCGUGGGACUCAUGCAUGGAAGGGGCAGAAGCUUGGCGUCGCAAUUGUGCGCCGGCUGCUGACUAUAGAAUAGACAUACAUGCACAACAGGUUUUAGAGGCAGGGCGCGACACAGCGAAGGCAAUCAUGAAUGAGGACCGCCGUACGCGCACACGGAAUGACAUGAAGAAGCGUGUUUUGACAAGGUCUUACGUCAGCACUGACUGCGUGUGGGAUCUCACUGGAGUAUCUCCUGUACGACAGGACGUCCUGGACGACGCCUCUUACGGUACAUAUUGAGCCUGUCAUUUACGCUUGACGUGAAAUGAAAGAAAUUGUUUCUUACAGAAUCUGGCACUGCGCAGACUUCGUGGCGUGAUACAGUAUUCACUGCUGACAUAGCCUGACCCGACUGGUGCACGCAUACCGAUGCACGCUAGGACGGACUUCAUGUUCGCUUGUGUGUUGCGUUUUUUAAGCACGUCGAUGACGGGGGAUGCGUGGGGAUGCGCCCCUGGCAUGCGGAUUGACAAGUUCUGGACACACUCCGGCCAUGUGCAGUUUUGCGCUAGAAUCCGAAUGUAAUGGACGUCAACU